AGAUGCACAGCAAAUUGGGACUCUCUGGGGACUCCUCCUGCUCUGCCUGUGACCAUGGGAAAGAAAGUGGCGGUCGUGCUUGCUGGCUGUGGGGUGUACGACGGGAGUGAGAUCCAUGAGUCUUCUGCUGUGCUGGUGCACCUCAGCAGGGAGGGGGCACAGGCAGAGGUUUAUGCUCCUAACAUUGACCAGAUGCAUGUGGUGGACCAUGUGAGAGGACAGCCAACUCAGGAGAAACGCAAUGUGUUAGUUGAAAGUGCCAGAAUAGCCAGAGGCAACAUCAAGGAUCUGGCUAAGCUGGAUGUGAAGGGGUUGGAUGCCCUAAUAAUACCAGGUGGCUUUGGAGUGGCUAAAAAUCUGAGUACUUGGGCCACCCAAGGAAAGAACUGCACAGUAUCCAAAGAGGUGGAGGAUGUCCUGAAGGCAUUCCAUGCUGCCAAAAAGCCCAUCGGCCUGUGCUGCAUCUCCCCAGUGCUGGCAGCCAAAAUCUUCCCCGGCUGCGAGCUGACUGUGGGUCAUGACACAGAGUGUGAGAAAUGGCCUUAUGCAAAGACUGCUGAGACCAUGAAGGAACUUGGCUGCAAGCAUGUGAACAAACAUGUCACUGAAAUUCACGUGGAUGCGAAGAACAAGCUGGUGACCACCAGUGCCUUCAUGUGCAACGCCCCCAUUCACGAAAUCUACGAUGGUAUCGGAAAAAUGGUCAAAGAAGUGGUCAGACUUGCCUGAAUGCCACAAAGCCACAGAAUCCAGCUCCUCUGGAGAGCAGGCACUAAGCCUUGCACUUCCCCUUUCAUACCCACAUGUCAACAGGCAAACCGCUACUCAGAGUUCUUCCCCUCAUGGCCCACUGGUAGCCCCUGAGGAGGGAGAACAGGAGCGAUGUAAGCACUGGCAUGCUUUGCCAAGGACACGCCACUUACUGCGCUGAUCACAAGGUGGCAGUAACUGGAGUGUCAGCGUUCAUUUUGCUGACGUGCAGGUGCCAGGUUUCCACAGGGCUCACAUGCAGCCACUGUCUCUGGUUCUGAGCAGCUGAGCAGUUGCCUGGUCAUUUCAGCCAUGCCAUGGCUGACCCGACGUAUCACCUGUGAACAGGAAUUGGUCUGCUUCCCAGAUUUGUUAUAAACCCAUCUCUCCCUACAUAUGGCCACCUCACAGAAUGGAUGAAUUAGUGGCAAAAAGAACACGAUUCUGGUACUGAAUAAAACAGAUAUAUUUUA